AUGCAUUUGUCUCUGGAUACCAUAAACAUGGCGGACGAUGGCUGCCUCUCGACGGACAACUACCACGACAUGGGCAAAGGAGGGGGCUCAGGCGUUGGGGGCCGAGUCCACAGUAUUGACGUCAUUCUGGGCUUCAGUAAAGACCAGGACCCCCUGCUCAACCCUGUGGGACCUGUGGGGAGCCAUAAAGUGGAUGGAGGUGAUCUAGUGGAACAGGGAAAGCAGGUGACCUCUGACCCCUAUGCUCACCUGCCCAGCUUGUCGGACAAUUCCCAGCAGUCUGCUUAUCAUGACACAGGACUCUUCUCCAGUGAUAAGUGUGAAGGCGACCUUGGAGAUCUUCACCAUGGAGGCGUGGAGAGUGACAGCAGAUCUCCUGAGCCUCCUGAGGAAGACCAACCCAAGAAGAAACACCGGCGCAACCGCACCACCUUCACCACCUACCAGCUGCAUGAGCUGGAGCGCGCUUUUGAGAAAUCCCACUACCCUGAUGUUUACAGCCGGGAGGAGCUGGCCAUGAAAGUUAAUCUCCCAGAAGUGCGAGUGCAGGUGUGGUUCCAGAAUCGACGUGCAAAAUGGCGGCGCCAGGAGAAGAUGGACACCAGCAGCAUGAAACUACAUGACUCGCCCAUGCUGUCAUUCAACCGGCCUCCGAUGCCCUCCAACGUGGGGCCAAUGAGCAACUCCUUGCCCUUAGAUCCCUGGUUAUCAUCACCACUUUCUAGCGCCACUCCCAUGCACAGCAUCCCAGGCUUCAUGGGCCCAGGUCAAAGCAUGCAGCCUGCUUACCCCAGCCACCCAGGAUUCCUCAACUCAUCUCCAGGCAUGGUCCAGGGCAUGCAGCCCAUGCCACCUCCACCAUAUCAGUGCCCACCAGCAUUCAACGACAAAUACCCACUAGAGGACGUGGAUCGCAGUUCCAGCAUCGCUGCUCUGAGAAUGAAGGCCAAGGAACACAUUCAGUCAAUGGACAAAACCUGGCAACCCAUGUGA